GCCACGGGGGCUGCCGAGCCCGUCGAUGUGCAGCCGACUUGCGUUCUUCCGUUGGGCGUAGUGCCCAAGAAAGGCACAUCUAAAUAUCGCCUUAUCUUUGACGCCCGAUACAUCAACGAGCAUUUGGUUGUGCCCAGCUUCCAGUAUGAGGGCCUCUCCGCACUACCCGAGAUACUGCAACCUAACGAUUUUCUAUUCACUGUGGACCUGAAAUCAGGCUAUCAUCACAUCGAUAUGCACCCCGACGCCUGGCCAUACUUAGGCUUCGAGUGGCGCGGUCAGUUUUUCCGUUUCGUUCAGCUGCCAUUCGGCCUGGCGCCGGCUUGUUGGGUGUUCACGAAGGUAACCCGCGAGUUACAACAGUAUUGGCGCGCAGAUGGUCACCGCUGCGCUCAGUAUAUCGACGACGGGCUGCACGCCCACCAGGACCGCUCAGCCCUCUCGCAAUGGCAAGCACGCGUUCUAUCAGACCUGGACAACUGUGGUUUCUUGGUCAGCACGGACAAAUGCUCAUUGGAACCCGAACAUCGCAAGGAAUUCCUCGGCGCCACGGUGGACACCGAGGCAGGGCGCAUGUGGGUACCGGAAGGAAAGCGUGUUGCUGCCCGGGCGCGGGUGGCCUCCGCUCUCGCUGCCUACCAGGCGCACGAGACCGUACGCGUUCGGGAUAUUGCCUCCAUUGCCGGGCAACUGCUGUCCAUGUCGUAUUCAUUCGGGAAAAUUGCCGUGCUCAUGACCCGUCGCCUUGGGGCUUGGGUGGCAUCUCACACAGCCAACCUCCCGCCCUCCGCAUUUGACCGACACCACCGCCUAGAUGCCUCUUCGGCCGCAGAACUGGAAUUCUGGCUCACCGCCUGGGACCGCUUUGACGGCGCCCGGCCGCUGUGGCGCCCGCCCCAUAUGCUGUCCGUGACCAUCAACACUGACGCAGCGGGCCGUUCAGAUUACCACUUUGGCGGUUGGGGCGGGUGGACCUCCGAACGGGGAGAACUGCGGCUGGCGGCAGGGCAGUGGACCUUUGACACCGCCAAGUUCUCCUCAACGUACCUCGAACUGCGUAGUAUGCUGAACGUACUGGAGGCGCUCAAUCAGGGUGGCCGUUGGGACGGCCAGCGCAUCCUGAUUCGCACGGAUAUGGUCGCCAACCCAGUCCGCGCACGCAUCAUCUCGGGGCUCGCACCAGGGCAGAAUACGGCGCACAUCCGGGACCUGACCAGCCGCAUGCUCAGCAGUUUCCGGUCAGCCAAGGCCGCGGGCACGUGGCGCGUGUACGACGCGCGGUGGCUGCAGUUCAGCAAGUGGUGCGCCGGGCAGGGCUUUGACCCCUACGACUGCGCGCCCGCGACCGCAGCCAGCUACCUGCAGGAGCUCACGGAGAGCGCCCGUCAGCAUGGUGUGGGGCCGCAGACCAUUGAGCAGGCCAGCGCAGCUGUCACAGCACACUUCAGCCUGGUCGGCCGCCCCUCACCCAUGCAACACCCUCUGGCGGCGCUUCUCAGGGAGGCGGCGCGGCGCACUCUCGUGCCGCGCCGCCGCCAGCGGGAACUACUCACGUUCGACGAGCUGGAGACAUUUGUGGCCUUCCAUUUGCUGGACCCAGCAGCCCCCCCGUCGCUGGAGGUGCGCAUGCUGGUGACUGGCUGCGUGCUAGCCUUCACUGGCUUGCUGCGCUUCGACGACCUGUCUCGCGUGAUGGUCCACCAUGAACUGCUGCGCGUGGAGCCUGGCGCGGCGCUCGAAAUCCACUUAUGGCGCAGCAAAACGGACCAGCGCGCAGAUGGUGCCGAUGUAACCAUCGGCGCCACCGGCGGCCUCUCAUGCCCGGUCGCGCUGGUGGAGCAGCUCUUCGCCGCCGGCGCCUAUAACCGGUUCCCUGGCGAGGGCGAGGACGCCGGACCCCUGAUGCGCGCCGUCACCCCCGGCACCGAUGGCGCCCAGCGCCUGCAGCAGGUGACAGCGCCGCUCGCGUCUCCCAUCCCGGCCCUGCCGUACUCGUACGUGUACCCGCGCGUUACGGAGCUGCUGCGCGCCGCCGGCAUCACAAAGAAGGUCGGUACGCACUCGUUCCGCGCGAGCGGCGCCACUGCCGCUGUCGAGGGUGGAGCCGACCGCACCUUGGUUCGCAAGACCGGCCGCUGGGCCGAACACUCCAAGGUGUUCGAGAAGCGCUAUGUAAAGGAGAGCGCCGCCACCAUGGCUGCCGUCACCCGCGCCAUGACCUUCCGUCGUUGAGAACUACUACCAAACUCUGGCAGCACUUUCGGCCACUAGUGCAACCUCAACACGGGCGGGCUUGGGCGGGCACGGCGGACUUGGUGGGGUAUCGGGAACGGUACGGCCCGAGCUAGGAGGCCGUAGUAUGAAGGCCGCUGCGGGCCGCAAGUGAGUUGUGAGGCUGCUUAAGCAAGGCAUGAGUGGAGGCUAUUG